CGCCCCUCCUUGCCAACAAUAGACAGAAAAGAAAACAUACGUUACUUGGCGUCGACACCGUUCGAAUAAAUUGCACCAGGCCUGGUCAAUAUAGCAAUGCGUGAACCCUCCUCAACAACACCCAAAACUCCUCGGUCCCUUGCCGUCGCAUCAUGACCCGCAGCGUCCUUCAUGAGACACGAUCCGCAACGCACGAUAGCCCAAGCACGCCCGCCGCGACGCCGCGCCGCGAGUCAAGGAAGAGAAAGCGACCAGUUCGAUACACAGACUCCAGCGAUGUUGAGUCUUCGCUCCCAGGGCUAGCACCACCAGCUACAAAGAUCGGAGCGGCAUCCGCACGACGAGAGCUGGAGGACGAUGGCGGACAGGAUGGACAACAAGAUCGGCCAGGGAAGUUGAAACGGAUACGUCGUGGGCGCCGGUACAAUGAACCUCUUCCCUUUUCUUCAGAAGCGGAGGAUAAUGCUGUGCCUCACAAGGGCAAACAAAAGGCAGUAGUAGAGAAGGAGGGCGAGGAGGAAGAUGAUGAUGAAGAAGAAGAAGAGCCUGGGGAAAAGCUCUGGGCUGCGGUACGGAUCCUCUCCGCAAACUCCACGAAGUAUCUCAUCGAGUGGGAAGACAUCGACCCGGCGACAGGCGUUCCGUAUGAACCUACCUGGGAAGAUAAAAAAUGUGCGAAUGCUGCGCUUAGGGCAGAAUGGACAGAGCAACAACGGAAGGAGAAGAAGGAGAAGAGAGAAAAGAUUUUGGAGGGACGCAAGAAGGCGAGAGAGCGGAAGAGGCAGUCCAGAGGCAACAAGGUCCCGCAAGAACAGGGAGAGAAGGAGAAGGGGAAUGAUAAAGAGUUGGUGCAAGUUCAUGUACAACCAGGGAGUCAAUUCGACGCUGCGGAUUUCGAGAGGUUCAGUCAGUUGCCUGGGGGUUCUAGUCAGAUCACAGAAAUACAGCAGCAGACACAAAUGUCGAGUUUGCCGUCAUCUUCCGCUUCGUCAUCAGUGCCUGACGCGUCAAACAAGGGCAUCGCUCAGCAUGAAAGCAAUAAGAAGAGAGAGGAAACUUUCUCAGACAUAUCCACAGCCUCUCAGAGUUAUGCCAAUAGCCAAGAUAGUUUCAUUCCUGGAAGCGAGCCGCAGACCCAGAGCCAAUCCGCGAUAUCGUCAAAAGAGAUACCAGAUACAACUACUACAGAAGUUUGGUCUCAGGAGGCUGAGUAUGCACGAACGCCUUCGCCUUUUGUUCGAAGUCAAAAGUCCAUCGGCCAACUCGAUCCAAUCGAGACAUCCUCACAACUACAACAACAAAGCGAUCCACAGACGGAUGCGCAAUCCCUCUCUGGACACACGUUCAGGACUGAAGAAGAGAACCAUAUCGAUAUUGAGAUACCCGAAAGCCCUGAACAGGCGGAGCCUGAGUCUCUUGAACAAAUCGACCACCAGGAAGCAGAGUCGCAGACGGAGUCGCUGGGUAGGACUGAGCAAAUAAGCUUGGUUCCCGAUUCACAGGCCGAAGACGGCAUCGGAAGUCAGCCUUUCCAAGUCGAGGAGGUGCCACAAAUCACAAAUCAGUGGAAACAAUCUGCACCACGCAGCGAGAUUUCCGAAUCCGAGGCGAACACGCGCACUGAACAGCAAUCUGUAACGGAGACUUCUCAUGAGGGGCAACACUCGCCAUUGCAAUCUGGGUUUGAGGCUGUUUCCGAGGGCCCGGUCACCCCACAUCAUAUAUCACCAAUACACUUCGCGCAGCCAACACCACGACGGUCUGUUCAAUUAUCGCAAAUCCUACAAAUACAGUCCACAGAUGAAGAUACUCGUCGUUCAGUACUGGUCACCAAAACCUUGCCCCAAAACAAUCAGUCUGCAGACCAUCCCAAAUCAGGUAUAGCGACUAGUGCCAAGAAAUCGCACCCUAGGGUUGCAGCAAGCUCGGACCUAAUUGUAUCACGACCAUCUCAAACGCAUCCGUCGUCCUCGAUUUCUCAACAACCUCAUAUCACCAACACCCAGAGCAGUCAAGAUUCUGCGCGUCUAUCAAUUAAUAACUUACUAAAUCCUUCUCCCUUUGAAAAUUCGCUUGAAAAUCAGGCCCCAGCGGUCUCAAAGUCUGCCCCAUCCUCCCAACAAAGGCCGUAUUCAAGCAGACCCAUUGGUGGCACGACAAUCAAUCCAAGGCCUGCCAACGUUUCUUCCUCCACCGUCAGACAUCAUCUUGAUUCUCCCCAAGAAAUUUCAUUACCAGACUAUCUCCCCAUUCCAGCAACUCAAGGUUCUUACCUUCACGCUCAGCAUAGCGUGCUUGAGAAUACAACACAAGCAAGCCAGCUGCCGUACGAGCACCCAAAAUCACUUACUACCCAGCUUCACUCUGAAGACGAAUCUCACCAACAAGGUUCGUACGAAAUCCACUGGACUAAGCCUAAAGUUGUAGAGGUUUCUUUGCCACGGCCUGCAGACUGGCAGGUCAAGUUCGUUAGAUACCGUCCUCCCUGGCGCACGUACUUUGGUUCUGGUCAGAAAUCACAACCAAGCAUCACUUCAUCCACUACACCCAUUGUGGAAUCCGUGUACCAUUCCAAUCCAAUCAGAGGCUUCUCGCAGCAAAACGCGCAGAUUGUGCAACCCGAGGUAUACAUUGAUUCGCAAGAGUCACUAAGCAGCAUCUACGACACUGUUGAGGUGGCCCCAUCAGUCGAUCGCGCUGCACCUAAAUCAGCUUCACCAGCUUCAAGGCACGACUCGUCACAGGAGUCGCCCCUCGUUUCAGCUUCGGGCGACCUUUCAUCCAUUCCAGAACCACCGUCGCAAUCUUUGGACGGCAUUAAUUCUACAGCUCCGCAUAGACCCAUCAGUCCAGGUAACACCAUGGCGUCGGGUUCGGGAAGCCAUGAAGAGAACAUGAGUCCCGAGGACCAGGAGUACCAGAGGAGAUUCCAAGAGAAAAUCGACCAAGCAGUGGCCAAAGCACGAGCGGACUACAAGCCUAGGAAACUGCUUGGGCGUGCUGCAGAAACUCACGAUGAGGGGACGAGAUCACCAUCAACAAUUCCAGACCAGUCUCCACAAAGACAGGAGCCAGCGUCGUUACGAACAACUGCAAUAAUUUCUGCUGCCGUGGAGAUGACAGAGACUCCUCAUCUAGUACCUCCGCCACCUCCACCUCCGGCUGCUCCAGCCCCCACCCCAAUCUCAAACCCUACGCCUGUGGUCCAGGAAGCUCCCGACGUCCAAGUUACGACAGAUGAAGAUAUUGAGCUAGAGCACACUGAAAGUAGCGAAGACAGCGAGAGCCUGCUGCAGGACGACUUCGGACUUCUCCCAGAGGAACAUAUCGUCGCACUCGCUCUAGAAGGUCGGCAAAGGAGCAUGUAUCUGGACGAAAUCAACCGACACGAAGACUUGAUCAACAAGCUGCUUCAAAAUGCGGAUGAGUUCAAUGAAACCGAAAAACUAGACAAUGUUCUUCGACGUCUGCACGCAAUAGAGACGCAUAUGGAUCUUAUCUGGGCCGAGUCCGAAAGCACCUCACAGAUGACAGGUGCCCUGACGCAGGCCCAGUGGGAUUGCGACAGCUCCGUCAAGUUCAGGUUCCUAGGCACCUUCUUUCACGCUCUGCGAGAACAAGAUAUGAACAUCGCUAUCGUUGUCGAGAACGACAACACCAGAUUGCUGGACAUGCUUGAGAAGUUUUGUAAAGGCAAAUUCUUGAACUACAAAUAUCCAGCCAAGGGACGCAGCUCAGACGUAACAACCACAGAAGGCUCCCUGUAUAUCACCUUGCUAUCUUACGAGUCGAGCCCCGUGAUGCGUCCUCCGGAUGUUGUAAUCUGCGUGGACGGCACGCUCAAUGCGACUCAGAUACGAAAGAAGCCCUGGGCAGCCAACCCUGAUCGCCCAGCUGUGCCAAUCUUAGACCUGGUGAUUCCUAGGUCAGUCAGUCACAUCGAGCGAUAUGUCUCCAACAACUUGGGCACCAACAGGCGCUUGCACACCAUUUUCGCAGCAUUGAGCCAAAUCAUCUCGGACGUUGGGCGACCACUUUCCAGAACGCCUAGUGCAAUCUCUGCUGCAAGAGAGGUGGCCAACUUCGUUCAACUGCUCCAAGACCCAAAUGUCCACGAGCCUCCUGAGUGGCCGUUGCCAUUAAUCGGUAGCGUUAAGAGCGAGAUCGAAUAUGCAUCACAGCAAACAGAGGUGGCGAUGACUUCACCACCACCGGAAGUGCCUACGCCUCUGAAGUUGUCAAAACGCCCAUUAGAUGAGGAAGUACUGGACCCUGCGAAACGGAUGCGGAUGACGCCUCAGCCUAUACCCAACACCAACGAGUCGGGCACUGAGAAUCCAGUCAAUGUCACGCAGGCUAGCGAUUCUGUGCCAAGCAGUGCGGUCAGCAUUGCUGAAUUGCAAGAGCAACUACGUCGGGAACGCGAACUCCGUAAAGCCAGCGACAAACGCGCGAGGGAGUUCGAGGCUGCGCUGGAUAAACGACAUCUGGACUAUGAGAAUCUCAAGCGAGAUCACCUGGCGGUGAUGAACGAGAUGAAUUCAACCAAGAUUCGUAUGGAAGCUAUGCUCAAGUCCAAACAACAGGUCCAAGAUCGGUACGAUGCCUUAACCGUGGAGGUCAACACGAUCCGCGAGCAGCAAAGUCACCUACAAUCUGUCGCACUUGCCUCAGAAGAUAUAAAGACUGCCGAAAUCGCCCGGUUGACCGACGCCUUAGCUACCUCAACUUCCGCCGAGGCAAAGGCACAGAAGAAGAUUACAACCGCAGACUCUACUCUAGAAUACACAAAGGAGCAGUACCGUCUCGCACAAGACCGUGCUUCAGAGCUAUCCACCGAGAAUGCCGCACUCCAGGCUGAAGUAGCGACUCUCCGCAAAUCCUCCACCGAUCAACGUCUAAAACUCAAAAUGGCAUCGCACGCAGCGUCUCACGCCGUACUCGAGAAAAAGGUCGAGCGAGCUCACAAUGAGAACGCGAUCCUAUCACGCUUGCUCCAGCAAAAGGAGGAAGAGAUCAAAGGCCUCAAGGAGAAGAAGAGUGGCGGAUAUGGCACACGAGGGAGUAGUGUUCCCCGUAGUCCCAGGGUUGGUGCUGGAGGCGCCGGUAGCAGGGCUGCCAGUCCUGUCGUUGGUGGGAACGGCAGAGACAGAAUCAGCAAUCUGAGGAACGGAUGAGCGGUAUUGCAUCGAGGCAGCAUUUCUGUUUCUCGGUGUACGGUUCCCCAUUCAUUCGAGCGGAUCGUGAGGUCGGUCCUACACAUCUAUUCCAACUCUCCUUGGUUUUGCAAAAAUAACAAAUACCUCGCAUAUUACAACGGCGUUUCUUUAACAUUUUCUCUCCUUUCCUUUCUUUGAUCCAAAAGCAAAUACUUGCUCACAGGUCACCAUCUCAGGCAUUUGCACAGGCGACACAGAUGUCAUCAUCAGGUACCCCACACCACCACAUUCAGCAAGCAUACGAUACCCAUCUUUAUCCAAUUAUCUUAUCUCGGUACCUCUCUUGAAUUUUCUUGUAAUUACACAGUAGUUUCCCACGGCCUCCCAUCAUUCUCGGAAAUAAAUAACUAGGGCUGAUUAUCGUAG